CAGUUCAUGCGCCAGGAAUUCGACUCUUCACCCAGCUUACCUGGAGACAGCGAAUUUUCGUGGACGUCGGAGAGUGAAGGUAGCUUCAGUCCGGCACCGAGUUGGCGUAGUCCAAGUAAGUGCAUACGUCAACCUUCCAGUUAAUGGGCGCCAUGUUUACAUAGAGAAGACUCAUCCCAGACAUUUGACCUUUGGGAACCGGGCCCUGGCCACCGGUUUGAAUAUGAGCUGCGGUCCGUUGCCAUGCACGAUCUGCAGAACUUUCCGGAUAUAGACCGCGAAUUACAAACUGUCUAUGGGGUUCCCGACCAGAAGAUAUUAGGCCCCGAAGAGAUGGUCCUAUCUCAAUAUAUGGAAGAUAUGAAGGUCGACACCGACGUCGAUGCUGGCAUCCCUAUGAAAGAUGGAGACGCGGGUGACGAUAGCAUGCGGCGAAUCUCGCUUGAUUCUACUAAGAUCCCCAUCACUGCUGGCUACCCUCAGAUCAGAAAGCCAGAUUCGAAGCGAGCCGGGAAGUGCGCCACUAGAAGUCCGAAACAAAGAAGGACUACGUCGAGGUCAGAAUCAAGAGACUCGGCGGCCAAACGGGUUUUUGUAUGCAGUUUCGCGCACUACGGAUGUGAAAGCGUGUUCCCGUCGAAGAACGAGUGGAAGCGUCACGUCACUUCGCAGCACUUGCAGCUGGGAUUCUACCGCUGCGACGUCGGCAACUGCAAACCAUCCAGUUCCAAGAACAACAGAUAUAUCUCCGUCAAUAACGAUAAUGAUAGCCCAGGAAGUGGUCUUAGGAAGAGUCGCGUAUACAACGACUUCAAUCGCAAAGACCUCUUCACACAGCACCAACGGCGCAUGCACGCUCCGUGGCUCGGGAUAGCUGGUCCCAAGCCCUCGCAGGCUGCGGAAGCCGCCUUCGAAGCAAGCCUUGAGAGCGUUCGCUCCCGCUGCUGGCAUGAAAAACGCAAGCCACCCCAGCGGAGCCAGUGCGGUUUCUGUGGUAAGGAAUUCUCUGGUCCGGCCAGUUGGGACGAACGGAUGGAACAUGUUGGCAAGCAUUUCGAGAAAGGGGUGGCUAACGAUGAGGCUGAAGAUGUUGAAUUAAGGGCAUGGGCACUCAGUGAAGGGAUCAUCCGCCCUAUCAACGACAAUAAAUGGGUGCUGUCGAAUCUCCAUCCAGCCAAGUGUUGAGCUGAUCAACAGGAGUGUAUAAAGGUGCAGUAAUGAUCUCGGUUGUCUUAUGUAUAGAAUUCUCAAUUUGUUUUCGCUUUUUCUUUUUUCUUUAUCUUUAGGAGCCCCCCUCUCUUUACAUUGGAACAGAUAGGCUAUUAUAUUGUGAUACAGAUAUGCCUAAGGGAAUGUGAUAUUUAUAUAUUACAUAGUUAUAAUGAUCAGCAAUAGAUUUAUGCUUGUUAUUCAGAACA